AUGGGAGGCGACGAACAAUACGUCCCAGACGAGGACUUUGAGGAGGUGAAUCGAGAGGGAUCGGUGAGCGACCCCGGGGAGGGGGCGCCAGGGGACGAUGACUACGAGAGCGCGGACACGGAAGAUGAGGAGUUCGCCGGCGACGUCGAGCUGUCCUCACCCACGAAGCGGGAGAUCGCGCGGAGGGAGAAGGAGCGGCUGCGUGAGAUGGAGCAGCGCAAGCGCGACAUGCUGGAGUCGCUGCGCACGCAGCAGAAUGCGAGCGCGGCGUCGGGCGAGGGGGAGCGUUCGCGCCUACGGCUGAAGUACCUGCUGAAGCAGGCGGAGGUGUUCCAGCACUUCGCGCCGCAGGCGAUGGGGGACAAGGCCAAGGGGAAGGGCCGGCACGGGAGCAAGUACACGGAGGACAUGGAGGACAAGGAGCUGCUGAGGGACGAGGAGGAGGACGAGCUGGGUGGGGCGGUGCACAGGCUGCAGGUGCAGCCGUCCGUUGUGGUGGGGGGCACGAUGAGGGACUACCAGAUGCAGGGCCUCAACUGGCUGGUCCACCUCUACAUGAACGGCAUCAACGGCAUCCUGGCGGAUGAAAUGGGUUUGGGGAAAACACUGCAGACGAUAUCUCUUUUGGGAUACCUGUAUGAAUACCGUGCCAUCUCGGGACCACACUUGGUGAUCGUCCCAAAGUCAACCCUCCAUAACUGGAUGAACGAGUUCAAGCGGUGGUGCCCCAUCCUGAAGGUGGUCAAGUUUCAUGGCAACCAAGAUGAAAGGGCUUAUCAAUUACGUGAACUGCUUGUCCCUGGCAAGUUUGAUGUGUGUGUGACGUCUUAUGAGAUGGUCAUCAAGGAAAAGAACCACUUCAGGCGCUUCCACUGGCGGUACGUUAUCAUCGAUGAGGCCCACAGGAUAAAGAACGAGAACUCCAUCCUCUCAAAGGUCGUGCGCAUGCUGAGGACCAACUACCGGCUGCUGAUCACGGGCACUCCGCUGCAGAACAACUUGCACGAGCUGUGGGCCCUGCUCAAUUUCCUCCUGCCUGAGGUGUUUGCAUCUGCAGAAAAGUUUGAGGAGUGGUUCAGCCUUGGUGACGGUGGAAAGGAGAAGGAGGCAGAGGUGGUGCAGCAGCUGCACAAAGUGCUGCGGCCCUUCCUGCUGAGGCGUGUCAAGUCCGACGUGGAACGCUCGCUUCCACCCAAGAAGGAGUCCAUCCUGAAGAUUGGAAUGUCUCAGAUGCAGAAAAAGUACUAUGCUGCCCUCUUGCAGAAAGAUAUCGAGGCCCUGAAUGGCGGAGCUGACCGAUCCCGCUUGCUUAACAUCGUGAUGCAGUUGAGAAAGUGUUGCAACCACCCAUACCUGUUCCAGGGAGCAGAGCCAGGCCCGCCAUACUUCACGGGUGAACACCUGGUCGACAACUCUGGGAAGAUGGUGAUGCUGGACAAGCUGCUGCCAAAGCUGAAGUCCCGGGGCUCCCGAGUCCUAAUGUUCUCCCAGAUGACUCGGAUGCUGGACAUACUGGAGGACUACUGCCUGUUCCGGGGCCAUGUGUACUGUCGCAUUGAUGGCAACACCAGUGGGGAGGACAGGGAGGCAGCGAUUGAUGAGUUCAACCGGGAGGGCACCAGCACGUUCGUCUUCCUGUUGUCAACUCGUGCCGGUGGCUUGGGAAUCAAUCUGGCAACAGCAGAUGUCGUUGUGCUGUAUGACAGUGACUGGAACCCACAGAUGGAUUUGCAGGCAAUGGAUAGGGCACACAGGAUCGGGCAGAAGAAGGAGGUGCAGGUGUUCCGCUUCUGCAUAGAGAGCUCCAUAGAGGAGAAGGUCAUCGAAAAGGCAUACAAAAAGCUGCGUCUUGAUGCCCUGGUCAUACAGCAGGGACGGCUGACUAAUGACAAAAACAAGAACGCCAAGGUCAGCAAGGACGACCUCUUGUCGAUGGUCAGAUAUGGCGCAGAGCUGGUGUUCUCAUCCGAUGCCUCGAGCAUUACAGAGGCUGACAUUGAUGUGAUCAUCGCCAAGGGUGAAAAGGAUACGAAGGAGCUCAACGAGAAGAUGAGUGCUUUCACGGACAAUGCUGUCAAGUUUGCUUUGGAUGGUGGUUUGUCUUUGUACGACUACCGCUCAGAGGAAGAAGACAAUGGGAAUUUGGACCUGAAGCAGUUCAUAGGCAACAACUGGAUCGACCCCCCCAAGCGCGAGCGCAAGAGGGUAAUGAACUACAGUGAGAGCGACUACUACAAGCAUGUCAUGAAACACCCCAAGUCUGAUCGGGUGUCGGGUGUGCGCUUGCCAAAAAUGCCUCAGCUUCAAGAUUUCCAAUUCUUCAACGUGGAGCGGCUAACUGAACUCUUCGAAAAGGAGAACAAUUAUGAGAUCUUCAAGCACACCCAGAAACAAGAAGAGCAGGCCAAGUCUCAAGGGGCGGGGGAAGAGGAGGUGGUGGCUACGCCUGGCCCCAACGAUCCCCAGCCCCUCACUGAAGAAGAAGUGGCAGAAAAGGACCUGCUCUUGGAGUCGGGUUUCAGCAACUGGAAUCGCCGGGAUUUCAACGCGUUUUGCCGAGGGUGCGAAAAGUACGGCAGGGAAGAUAUCGUCAACCUGACAAAGGAGAUCGAUGGCAAGACGGAAGAGGAGGUGGUCGCAUACAAGACUGUGUUCUGGCAGAGGUACGAGUCCCUGAACGACUGGGAGAGGAUCGUGAAAAACAUCGAGCGAGGCGAGCAGAAGAUCCAGAGGCAGCACGACAUCAUGAAGGCGAUAAAUGCCAAGUUGGAGAGGUACAAGAAUCCGUGGCUGGAGCUGAAGAUUCAGUACGGAGCGAACAAGGGGAAGGCCUAUACCGAAGACGAGGACCGUUUCAUCAUAUGCAUGGUGCACAAGCUGGGGUACGGAUCGUGGGAGGAUCUCAAGGCGGAGAUCCGCAAGAACUGGCGCUUCCGUUUCGAUUGGUUUUUCAAGAGCCGGACACCUCAGGAACUUGCGCGCCGGUGUGAGACUCUCAUCAGGUUGAUUGAGCGUGAACACGAAGAAAUCGAGCUGCACGAGCGGGAGGAGAGCAAGAAGGCGACCUCGAAGAGAGGGUCGAAGACGAGUGAGAGCAGCGGCGGGUCCAAGAAAAGGAAGAGCCAGGCGGGUGCUGGGAGUGUGCCACCCAAGAAGGCGAAAUGA